ACCCGUGUAUAGCAGGAGCUGUGUUUAGCAGCAGCAGCAGCUCGGCGGAGGGAGUUGAGUUUCAGGCACAUGUAGCCGCAGCGGCCGCGCUCGGGUGGAAAGAGAGGAGCCAUGCCGGCCUUGUGUUCGCCCCUCUCUCUCCUCCUCCUCCUCAGGAACAGGAGCGGGGCUGGGGGGAAGCUGCUCUCCCGCUGUCUGGCUCUCCACUCGCCAUGUGGCUCAGGUUUUUCUCCGAAACGUCACCCAGCAAACCGAAACCGAGCCCCCUUACCGCGGGUGUCCGCCGCCGGCGUUAGCAGCGACUCCUCCGCCGCGGGGGGAAACCUGACCAGCUGGCUGUGGUCUGUUUACAAUGAAACCAAACGGCAGACCGAAGAUUUAAUCCCAGUGAUAUCCAACAACUUUGUGAAUCCGGACACCAUAUUUGCCAACAAUGAGAUGAGUCUGCAGGAUAUUGAAAUCUACGGAUUUGACUAUGACUACACUUUAGCUUUUUAUUCCAGCAAUCUCCACACUCUGAUCUUCAACAUUGCUCGGGAUAUUCUUAUCCAAGAACACAGGUACCCAGAAGGACUGAAGGAAUACGAGUACAUCCCAGAUUUUGUGGUUCGGGGGCUGCACUAUGAUGUUCAGAAGGCCUUACUGAUGAAGAUUGAUGCUUUUCAUUACAUCCAACUUGGAACAGUAUACAGGGGACUUCACCCUGUUUCAGAUAAAGAAGUCAUUGCUAUGUAUGAGGGUUGCCAUGUACCCCUAGAGAUCAUGAGUGACUUUUAUGGAAAGAGUUCCCAUGGCCACACUAUGAAGCAGUUCAUGGACAUCUUCUCCCUGCCUGAGAUGACCCUGCUGUCAUGUGUCAAUGAUUACUUCAUGAAGCACAACAUUGAUUAUGAGCCUGUGCACCUCUACAAAGAUGUCAAGGAGGCCAUAGGAGAUGUCCAUGUAAAAGGAAUCAUGUAUCGAGCUGUGGAGGCAGAUAUUGAGAAAUAUAUCUGUUAUGGUGAGCAGACCCAUGCAGUUCUAAGGAAACUUUCAGAAAAUGGAAAGAAAAUGUUUCUGAUCACCAACAGCCCCCUGGACUUUGUAGAUCGAGGAAUGAACUACAUCGUUGGAAAAGACUGGAGGGAUCUCUUCGAUGUGGUCAUAGUGCAGGCUGACAAGCCCAGUUUCUUUAACGACCGCAGAAAGCCAUUCAGGCGUGUUACUGAUAAAGGAGUGUUGCUGUGGGACAGGAUUCACCACCUGGAGAAAGGACAGAUUUAUAAACAGGGAAACCUGUAUGAGUUCUUGAGACUCACUGGUUGGAGGGGCUCGAAGGUUUUAUACUUCGGAGACCACAUCUACAGUGACCUUGCUGACCUGACUCUGAAGCAUGGCUGGAGGACCGGGGCCAUCAUCCCUGAGCUACGGAAGGAGAUCAAGAUCAUGAACACGGAAGAAUAUGUGCACACCAUGACCUGGCUGCAGAGCCUGACCAGCCUGCUGGAACACAUGCAGGUACAUCGAGAUCCUGCCUCACAGGCAGUGAUUCAGCAGUGGAUCAGAGAGAGAGAAGACAUGAGGUCUCAGGCAAAAGACAUCUUCAACAGUCAGUUUGGAAGUCUGUUCCGCACAUACCACAAUCCCACCUACUUCUCCCGUCGCCUCUCCCGGUUUGCUGACAUCUACAUGGCUUCUAUCAGCUGCCUUCUCAACUACGACCUCAAGCACACCUUCUACCCCAGACGCACCCCACUUCAGCACGAGUCCCCCUCCUGGCCAGAGCAGACCAGUACAGGAGCCAUGAACAUACCCUUUCAGAGCCAGCAGGCAGGCUCAGAGUAAGACUGGACAGGUGAGGACAAAUCACAGCUGCAUGAAUGUUGUACUGACUGAUGCUGGAGAAUUAAUGGCCUUGUUCAGACAUGACUUGUCUGUCGGUGUAACUGCAGUAGAAAAACCAUAAAGUACUUUUUUUUGUUUGUUUUGCAUGUUUUACCCAUAUAUACCUUAGAUAAGUUGGUAGUGUCAACUACUGUCAGUAUAAUGUUUGUGCAGUCUUACACUAAUGUUGCCAGUAAUAGAUUCACAUUCAGUGUUGAAUGUUUAAAAAAAAAAGAAUGUGACGGUGGGUAAUUGUCAAUAAGACACAAAAAGAAGUUAGAUCUUUACUAUUUUAAACUGUCAGUAACUCAUUUUUAUAUUUACAGUAUAUCUGAAUUCUGUGUAAAAUAUGUAUUUUGGUCUUCAGCGAGUCUCUCUUUAGUAACUAGAGAAUUGGGAUUUAUAUUUAAAAAAAUUAUUUGUAUUCAUUAUUUUGUUGCUAAAUGAUAUUGUUGCUAUUUUAUCAGAAUGUGCCUCUUGAGUGUGAUGGCGAUUUUAAAAUAAGCAAUAGCUUUUCUCUCUAUUUAGUGCAUCUCUAAAGCUGGACUGAAAAAAGUGUAUACACUCAUCGUCAAAAAAAUGGUUGUUCUUUGUGGGUAGAGUGACUCAGAAUGCCAGCAGGACAUCUUCAGUGACUAGUCCCACUUUCGUCUUAGUGGAGAUUACUAACAAAUCCGUGUGUUGAGAUACCGUGGUCAGCAGCAUCAUCGAUAGUUUGUUGUCACAAGUUACACAUCCAGAAGACAUAGUGUGUCAUAGCGUGAGGUGCAAUGUCGUAUGGUGCCAGAUCACCUUUGGUCUUCAUUACAGGCACUUUAACAGCCCAACUUUAUGUUAAUGAGGUUCUACAACCACUGGCUCAACCUUUUCUGAACAAGUUCUGAACUAUUCCAACAGGAUGAUGCUCAUCCACAUGGUGCUGCCAUCUAAAGAGCUUGGCUUAAAGACACAGAUACUAUGCCAUCACCAGCUGCAUCCACAGACCUGUCCCCAAUCAAAAAUGUGUGGGAUGUUACUUUUGGAUGUGUUAUUAACAAUCCACAGGAAACAGUUAAAAAUAUAUCUAAAUCUUCAUGCUGAGACCUGAUGCAUGCUUUAAACACUAUUGCACCCUUUUUAUCGUUUAUUGGUUUUGGUCACCUUUAUCUGGCAUGUUAAUCUGACACUUCCUUCUGGGCGCAACUGUUUCUUUGAUGAUGAGUGUAUAUAGGGUGCAGGAUUCCUCUUUAGCACUGCAUCAGUCUGUAUCAAUCAAAGCUCAAAUCCAAACCCCAACUCAGGGACGGAUUAAUCUAGAGGGCAACAGCACUCCACAGUUUAGUGUUUUUCUGCUCUUACAAACUUAUUCAACUCAUUAAAGCAGCAGUGGGAGAUAAUUGUUUGUUUUGCUUAUGUGCUCCCCCUACAGCUGGAAGGUGGAAUUCUUGUUUUGUUCCACUGCAGUAAAAAAAAUAGAUUUGUGAGCUUCAGCUUAUGGACAGCAGAAACCAUGCAUUUGUCAACAAGCUGGGAAAAGCUAAGCCAGCAUCUAAAGUAAAGGAAACACAUUGACAAGAGUUUUACGUACGCUACAUAGUUGUGGUGAAAGAUUUCGUCCAGCUCCAUUAGCAUCAACAUGAUUCUGAAAUUGCUCUUUUAAUGAUAAAAUGAUAAUGUAUUCAUAAGGAAUUUGAGUUUUAAGGGAUCAGAAAUGAGCUAAUAUAGUUGCAGGUUGCAUCAGGUGUGUUACAGUAUAGAAAUGACUAAACUGUGCAGUUGAUAAAAACUAGCAUCAGAUCAACAACAGUCACUACAUUCACCAUGCUGCCAAAGCAAACAGCAAUCUGAACUACUGCAUUUAUCCUACAGCAUACCUUCGAUAGUAUUGUAUCUUGGUUUGUGUUUUUUCUUUGCAUCUUGGUGAAUAUUAUUAGAUACGCACAAGUUCCUGUGAGUCAUAAAAAAAAACCACAAACAUUUUAGACGGCUGCAAAACUGUAGAAACCUGGUGUUUAUGCUCUUUAAAUGCCUUUUACUUGCUUUAUUUGUGUGUUAAAUUGAUUUACAAUUCUUUCUGCUGAACAUAGGUUCAAUAUUAUUGAUAUUGCUUAUAAAACAAUUUUGUGUUUAAAUGUGAUCUUUCCUAUCUGUACAAUCUGUCAAAAAUGUUUAUACUCAGAAUAGGAACCUUUCAGCAGAAAGAAAACAAAAUGGUUUAUUUAUGUUUUCAAUUGUUUGCACUUAUAUAAUCAAUAUUUUGCUUAUAAUUGCUUUAGACCUUUUAUUUUUUCAAAUAAUGAAGAAGUUGAUGUGUUGGACCUCUGUAAUGCAAAGCCUUGAGUGAUUACGGCAUUUUUUGUUUGGUUGUUUUGACUUUUUUCAACUUUGUAGUUUACCGUAGUUUACGUUAUUCAGUUUGGGUCAUACUGUUUGUGUGAUUUAUUUAUUAAAUAAUAUCUCUGAAAUAUUA